AUGCAGAUCUUCGAGUCCUGCCCCGGCGGGCCCGCUGCUGCAGAGCGGCUGCAGCUCGAGGCGCAGCUUCUCGCAGGCCUCCCUCCCUCGCCGCCUACCGACUCCCAACCCGCUUUUGACCCGCGAGUCACCCAUAACCAUGCUCUUGAUCUAAGAUGGCACCCUAUCAACCUGCAUUCAGGCUGUGCCGCGCCCACCAGCUCCCUAGAGCGCGAUUCCUCGACAAAAAUGCGCAUCUUCCUCCUGCCGAUAUCGACGCGUCGGACGCUCCUGUACGCGCACCGCUUGAAUUUUGUGACACCCUCGCAGCAAGCGAAGCAGUCAUUUCUGGAGAAAAUACAAUCCAAGGCUGCCAAAACAUGGGCGGGUUGGGAGCAGAAGGAGUCAGGAUGGCAAAAGACCGUUGUCGUCUACGGAAACCAAGCAUUGAAGAGGAUCCCGUAUGAGGAGUGGGCCUUGAAGUCUGUGCCGCCUCUCUCGACAAAGCGCAAGGACGAUGAGCUGCGGGGCGACGACAAAGUAGAGGUCGUGUACCCUCAGAAACUGGUGUCGGCCGACAAAGUUACUGAGGUCAUUCAUGCUCUGGGAACGGAGCGUGAGGCCUUGCAUCGGCGCAGGCUCAUCUGGUGCCUCAUCGGAAUGCCAAUUAGUGCUCCAUUUGCGCUGGUUCCAAUAAUCCCGAAUAUCCCUUUCUUCUACCUUGUGUACCGCGCCUGGUCACACUGGCGAGCCCUCGCCGGCGGAAAACAUCUGCAGUUCUUACUCCAGAAUAAACUCCUGCUCCAUAGUCCCUCUCCCAAGCUCGAUGAGGUCUACACCGAGCAAGAGCCUCCUUUACCGUCAACUCCUGAAUCCACAGCCAAACCGGGAGAACCAAAGAACACAAACCCAACGCUAUCCAAAGACGCCCAGCCGGAAGGUGGAGAAACGAUGUUGCUGUCCCAGGCCAAUGGGAAGAUAAUGACGCAGGCUUUGGACCUGCCUCAGCUCGAAAUCGAGCUCGAGCGAGCGAUAUGGCAGGUGGAAACUGCCAUCGAGAAGCAGAAUGCUGAACGCAGCACCUCGAAGGAGGACAAGCCGAAGUCGCAAUAA